CCAAGGCGCUUCCCCUAGUGGUACUUUGCCGUUAGGCCAUUGUGCUUCUGGGGGUGGAGACUGGGCGUGACUGAGAGGUCACACUGAAGUUCCGGCGCUGAAGCGCCUGGGAGAGGAAAAGAAGCGCUUGCAGACAUUCCGAGGCUGUGAGGCGGCUGGGGUUUUUCUGUGUAAGGGGGCUCGGCUGACGUGAGACGUGUAAGCCAUGUCAGACUGGGUAUCAUACUACAAACAUGAAGAGGGCGAAGAAGAGGAGGAUCAAGAUGGAGAAGUUGAAGCCAUUGGAGAAUAUAAAUAUGCAGGUCGGGACACCUUGGUUUUCUUGGUGGAUGCUUCAAGAGCCAUGUUUGACUCCUAUGAUGAUGAUGAUGAUGAUGACUUGGCUCCUUUUGAUAUGACAAUCCAGUGUAUUCAGAACGUGUACACAAACAAGAUCAUCAGUCAUGACAGGGACCUUGUUGGUGUAGUAUUUUAUGGCACUGAGCAGUACAAGAAUUCCGUGGACUUUAAGCACAUUUAUGUCCUUCAGGAUUUGGACAAUCCAGGGGCAAAACGAGUGUUAGAACUAGGCAAAUACAAAGGAGAACAAGGAAAAGCGCUCUUCCGCAAGUCAUUUGGCCAUAGUACUGAUUACUCUUUGGGUGAAGCACUCUGGGUUUGCUCCAAUCUCUUCAGUGAAGUCCGCCUUAAGAUGAGCCACAAGAGGGUCAUGCUGUUCACCAACGAUGACGAUCCUCAUGGUAACGACAGUGUCAAAGCCAAGUUUGCUCGGACUAAAGCUGCUGAUCUUCGAGAGACAGGUAUUUACCUCGAUUUAAUGCACCUGAAGAAGCCUGGGGGGUUUGAUAUUGCCUUGUUCUACAGGGAUAUCAUUUAUACUGCAGAAGAUGAGGACUUAGGAGUGCAGUUUGGUGAAUCCAGCAAGUUAGAAGACCUAAUGAAGAAAGUAAGAGCAAAGGAGACCAGAAAGCGAGCUUUGGCUAGGCUGAACUUCUACUUGGGAAAAGAUAUGGCUCUUGCUGUUGGCAUUUACAACCUGGUCCAGAAAGCUUUCAAACAGCCUCCAAUAAAACUUUACAGGGAAACUAAUGAGCCAGUGAAAACAAAAACCCGAACCUUUAAUCGAGAGACAGGUAGUUUACUUCUCCCUAGUGACACCAAGAGGGCUCAGACAUAUGGCAAUCGUCAGAUAGUGUUUGAAAAAGACGAGACAGAAGAAGUAAAGAACUUUGGUUCGCCAGGCUUAUUUCUGAUUGGCUUCAAACCCUUGGUAAUGCUGAAACGACAUCACCACAUCAGGCCUGCCCAGUUCAUCUAUCCUGAGGAGUCCUUGAUCAGUGGAAGCACAACGUUAUUUAAUGCUUUGCUAAUCAAGUGUCUAGAGAAAGAAGUAAUGGCUGUCUGCAGGUACAUCCCCCGUCGCAAUACCCCUCCCAGGUUCGUAGUCCUGGUUCCUCAAGAAGAAGUCCUGGAUGAGCAGAAUGUGCAGACAGCUCCCCCAGGUUUUCAUGUGAUUUUCCUACCCUAUGCAGAUGACAAAAGGAACAUUGACUUUACUGAAAAAGUCCCAGCUAAUCAAGAACAGGUGGACAAAAUGAAGGAAAUUGUCCAGAAGCUUCGGUUCAAGUACAGGAGUGACAGCUUUGAGAACCCAGUUCUCCAGCAGCACUAUAUGAACUUGGAGGCCUUGGCCCUUGACCUGAUGGAGCCUGAGAAGGCUGAGGAUCUGACAGUGCCUAAGACUGAGGCAAUAGACUGCAGGGUAGGUAACCUUGUGGAGGAAUUCAAGCAGCUGGUUUAUCCACCUGAUUAUAAUCCUGAAGGGAAAGCUACAAAGCGCAAACAAGGAGAUGGCUCGGAACAAUUGGAAAAGAAAGCAAAGAUCGAAAUCUCUGAAGAGGAGCUAAAGAAUCAUAUUAGAAAAGGCACUUUGGGGAAGCUCACUGUACCACUUCUGAAGGAUGUGUGCAAGAUCUAUGGGCUGAAGGGAGGAGGGAAGAAGCAAGAACUUCUAGAUUUAAUCACUGAACGCUUCAGUAGCCACUAAGAACUGAGGCCUAUAUAGAACUUCAGAUGUUUCCUUUCUUCACCCAGUUUCAAAUGUAUGAUAUAGAAUACAAUGGAACGUCUAGCUGUCUACUUGGGUUCAUGUGGCAGUUCUGGCUCUUGUCUUAAAAUGAACAUUUGUAUGCCCUUUUUUGUGUCUGAAUAAAUCAGUAUGUUUUGUAAUGCUGUGUUCAGUUGAUUCCUGGUUGCAAUUUUGUACUUAAAACAUGAUAAUGUGUAUCAUAGAAAAACUUAGACUGCAUGUAAGGGGGAUGUACAACUGUUAGGGCCUUACCUUUUAACCUUCCAGUUAAUUGUCAUUAACAUUGCUGAAUGCAAGACAGACAAGUCAAUUCUGUUCUGCCAUUCAAACAAUAUUAACUCAUAAAAGAAGAGUUAUACACAGCUCCUGAAAGUGAAGUACUUAAGUAAGCUACUAAAUGUGAUUUUUUUAAAAACCCUAUAUUAAAACAAAGCCCCACCCCCAAUCAUAGGAUUCACAACAGAAAAUCCU